AUGCGUCUUCUCCGUCGUCUUCUCUCCGACACCUACUAUCGCGCAAAGAGCUACCUACCAACGUCGCAAUCGCCCGAGAUGUCGUGGAAGGCCUCCGAGAAGUUGAUGGACACCAUCCGUCACUAUGCACAGUUUCCUGCUACCGGUGUCAGUCUGCGCCAGAUGGUCCAGUUCGGCGACAAGCCUUCGACAGGAACCCUAUUUCGAGCCUCACAAUUCCUUUCCGAAGAGCUUCCCAUCCGCUUAGCCCACAGAGUCCGCGAAUUGGAAGAUCUGCCCGAUGGCGUAAACGACAUGCCCUCGGUUAUCAAGGUCAAGGACUGGUACGCCCAAUCCUUUGAAGAAAUCACACAGCUGCCCCGCCCCGAGCUCGACAAGGAAACACGAGAUCGGUUAAUGAAGCCGUCACGGCAUGCCCUCAUGGGCGGCUACCAGCAGCUCUCCGAGGCUACCCCCAACCCCUCCAUUGACGAGGAUCCCACCGGCUGGGGCCACACAAACGGCAACGGCAACGGCAACGGCAACGGCAAGGCCAAAUCCCUCUCCCGACGCUACUAUGCCACCGUCGACGACACGGGCGCAUGGCCCGCCGAGCUGCACCUCUACAACCAGCGCUUCGCCCAGACUCUGCACAAGAUCAAGCGCCGCCACGACGGUGUCGUCACCACCAUGGCACAGGGCAUCCUCGAAUACAAGCGCAAGCGCCAGCGCUUGCAGAUUGACAGCACCAUCCAGUCCUUCCUCGACCGCUUCUACAUGUCCCGCAUCGGCAUCCGCAUGCUCCUCGGCCAGCACAUUGCCCUGACCGACCAGAGCCACCACCGCGACCCCACCUACGUCGGUGUCAUCUGCACCAAGACCAACGUCCAGGACCUCGCCCAGGAGGCCAUCGAGAACGCCCGCUUCGUCUGCGAGGACCAUUACGGCCUCUUCGAGGCCCCCAAGGUCCAGCUCGUCUGCAACCCCAACCUCGACUUCAUGUACGUCCCCGGCCACCUGUCGCACAUGCUCUUCGAGACGCUCAAGAACUCCCUGCGCGCCGUCGUCGAGACGCACGGCAUGGAUAAGCAGGAGUUCCCCGUCACAAAGGUCAUCGUAGCAGAGGGCAAGGAGGACAUCACCAUCAAGAUUAGCGACGAGGGUGGCGGCAUUCCCCGCAGCGCCAUCCCGCUCGUCUGGACCUACAUGUACACCACCGUCGACCGCACGCCCAACCUGGAUCCCGACUUUGACAAGAGCGACUUCAAGGCCCCCAUGGCCGGCUUCGGCUACGGCCUGCCCAUCUCCAGACUGUACGCGCGAUACUUUGGAGGCGACCUAAAGCUGAUCAGCAUGGAGGGGUACGGCACAGACCAACUAAACACCGCCGGGGCGUCCACCCCAUCACUGAUUCUACGCAAACGCCUCAAGGACAAGCAGCGUCGCGAGGUGACGGAGCGAAAGCAAGUGGGCGACGCCGAGGCGGUCGUGAAUGCGCUACCGGGCAGCUACAGCCGCAGUGAGGACCAGCAGCUGUAG